AUGGCUAACACCACUGCAAUCCCGCAGUUGGCUUUGGAAGUGCACGCCAGCCCGGAGCUAUCAUUGACCCUACCCUACGACAUUGAGUUCACCCUACGCCGCGAAGAUGACAAUACAGGCCGGCCCUGCAUUGUCCGAUGGAGCCCCGGCGUAGAAGCAUUCUCGGCCACAGGUCUCGAGCUCUGGCGCCACACAAACCGUGCGAAUGACGGCUCAGACUCUCUCGUACGAGUCGAAGUUGACUACUCCAGUGGCGCAAAGUUGGCUGAAGCCUCCCCGCGCCUCGUCGUCCAGGGCUGGGAAUCCUUUCUGUGGGAGCUUUGGCCCGGAGGACACGUCCGCUUCACAGCCCCAUUGCAUGAGCGCUACCACAAGAAGCUUGUUGAGGGCGAGCGAUAUGAUCUGGUCUGGCCGGGCGGCGAGGUGGCCAUGUGGGAUUGGGGCACGAAGCGUGAGUACGUUGGCCGAGAACUGCGGGUCGACGCCGGUCAACCGCCGCUCCGUGUGCCGGCGGGGUGCCGUGUCUCUUUCACGGCGGCUGCCGAAGCCGUGCCGUGGCCCGGGAGAGCGGCGUGUGAGGCGAGGGACGGUUUCUUGCUAGCCAACGUGGAAGAGCGACAGUGGAGAGCCCAGCAGCUAUGGCAGCAGGAGAACGGGGCAAAGCGUCUAGAGGCAAUCGCCGAACGGGAACGAGUUCCAUCGACGCCUUUCCUCGGUAUCACGCUCGAGUGCCCAUCGACAGUCACUCAUGGACACUCCUUUGACGUCACUCUCAAAGUAACAUACGAGGGACUAGUCUCCGAUACGCAUGAACUGGAGCUCACAGAGCGCUGCAUCGCCUUCCAUACAUAUGAUUUCCAAUUCCCCAGCGGUCUCCGCGAGGGCUUCCGUCUCUGGCGUCAACGACGGCCUGAGGCAUCGGUCAGCUCGCAUGAUGACGACAAAUGGGAUGAAUGCAGCAUCCCAGACGAUGAUGCUUUCCUGAUCGCCGACGACCCUCCCGUCGCCGUGCGGGUAGGCGAUGACGUUGACAACUUUGUCACUCUCCGCAGGGGUGAGAUGUGGACCUUGACGAAGAGCUUCGACUGGAGCUCACUUCCCGACGACACCGUUCCCGGCGAUAUCUUUUCCCUCGUGUUCCAGGGCACCACCGUGGAUUGGUGGGAUUGGUGGAGCCAAGAGCACGAGCAUCGAGACACAGUCGUCAAGUUGCCGUGCUGGAUCGUUGGACCUGUUGUCGACCCGACAGAUAAUGGAGGUCGGCCGCGACUGGUGGUGCCGGGAUCGGCGAGAAGAGCCGAGUUUACAGUAUUCGAAUCAAAUUGA